AUGUCGGCGUCGGGCGGUCCAGGCGACACGGGACUCGCUCCCCUCUCAUCCAACCCUCCACAAGCGCAAGCCCAAUCAUCAUCAUCACCACCACAACAGCAACAAUCACAACCACAGACUCAAUCACAGGCAGACUCACAGCCGCAACCCCAAUCUCAACCUCCGCAAGACCCAGUACCAGAUACGAACCAGGAUGACGGCUUCGACGACCCCCUCCAGCUCGUCCCCGACACCGCAACCCCGACCGACUCAGACACCGACUCAGCCUUCGAAGGCCACUCCACCGCCAGCACCUCCCUCGCCUCCUCCAUCCUGAAUUACGAGUACACAAAUGGACGUCGGUACCAUGGCUAUCGCUCCGGCGCAUACCUCCUCCCCAAUGACGAUGAAGAGCAGGACCGCCUCGACCUACUCCACCACAUCUUCCUCCUAAUGCUCGGCGGGAAGCUCUACGACGCCCCGAUCGACCCCCCUCCGUCUCGAGUCCUCGAUAUUGGCACAGGUACAGGAAUAUGGGCCAUCGACUUCGCAGACGAAAACCCUGGCUCCGAGAUUCUGGGCACCGACCUCUCCCCAAUCCAGCCCACCUGGGUUCCUCCCAAUGCCAAAUUCUACAUUGAUGAUGCUGAGUCCGACUGGGUCUACUCCUCCUCCGAGCGCUUUGACUUCAUCCACAUCCGUGGCCUGUCUGGCGGCAUAAAUGACUGGGACAAGUUGAUCAGGCAGUGCUAUGAUAACAUCCAACCUGGCGGUUGGUUGGAGUUCCAGGAGCCGGAGGCGUGGGUGCUGAGUGACGAUGACACCAUUGACCGCGCACCCAACAUGAGGCAGUGGCAAGAACUCGUUAAUGAGGCCGCGGCAAAAUUUAGUAAAGAGAUCCGCGUCGCCAGUGGCCUGAAGGAGAAGAUGGCCGCUGCCGGCUUCGUGGACCUGCAUGAGAAGAUGGUCAAGGUACCCAUAGGACCCUGGGCUAAGGACCCAAAACAGAAGGAAAUCGGCCGCUACCAGCGUGAGCAUAUGGCCAUGGGUAUCGAGCCAUACACCUUCGGCUUCAUCGGAAAGGUGCUCGGGUGGAGCGAGGAGGAAUGCAAGAUCAUCACCGCCAAGGUAAUCAACGAAGUCCGGGAUCGUAGUCUUCAUCUCUACCUAAGGUUCUUCUUCGUGUACGGACGGAAGCCCGAGUAG